GCACCAAGUUUGCCGCCAUUUCCCAAAUUAAUUCCUUUUCUGUCUUUAAUUAUUUCACCUUUUUGUUAGCGCAAUCGGUUAUCGAAAUCAACAAAUAAUGCAGAUUCAAGUGAAGUGCAGCUGCGGGGCAGAGAAUUGCCCAGAAUGGGCGAUCGUAGAAUUGCAAGGCGUAGUUGAAGUUCAGCCUUCGUUUCAAGAUCGUCUUCAAAAUCUCGAGAUAGGAGAGCUUUGCCGCCCUUCUUCUCAGGAAAACUAUACUUUCACGGUUGGGUAUCAUGAAUUGACGGGGUCUAAGUUGACCUUGAAGAAGCCAUUGUUGGUUUUGAAGAAAGUAAAGUAUAUGGAUGUUGACCAGGGCUGUGGUAGUGACGACGACUCAUCUAAUAAGGUAGAAUUGGAUGUCAUUGGCAUUAUCCGUCACAAGAUCUUGUUCAAAACCAGACCCAAGGCUUUAAUAUCAAAACCACAACCAGUGGUGAAGGAAAGAGCCAAUUUUGCAGGUCCUGCUGCUUCAAACUAGAAUGUUUAGAACAUACAAGCAAUCGAAGAAACCAAGCUAAAUGUAUUGAGUCAUGUAAAAUGCUGUUUUUAUAUCCCCCUCUAGUUUCUGAGUUUCUGGCUUCUCUACCAGAUUGGAACUUUCAAUCGCCAUGCCUUAAACCAUGAAUGUAAUUUGAACAUUUGGAAUUGGAAUAGAUUAUUGCUUGGCACUGUGGGAAUAUAGUUU